GAACGGAGAAGAAGAAAGCAAACCGAACCUCACAUCUGUGACCAGUGUAACGAAUCCUUCCCAACAUCUAAUACUUUAAAGAUUCAUCAAUGCAUUCACACUGGAGAGAAAUCCUACAGCUGUGAUCAAUGUGGGAAAACUUUAAAUACUCCAGGUGAACUUAAGUCCCAUUAUUGUAUUCACACUGGAGAGAAACCGUACUCGUGUGAAGAGUGUGGGAAAACCUUUGCUCAGAAAGGCAACCUUUCAUCUCAUCAGCGCAUUCACACUGGAGAGAAACCCUACAGCUGUGACCAGUGUGGGAAAACCUUUGCUCGGAAAGGCAACCUUUCAUCUCAUCAGCGAAUCCACACUGGAGAGAAACCACACAGCUGUGAAGAAUGUGGGAAAACUUUCACUAUAUCAAGUAAACUCAAAGGCCAUCAACGUAUUCACACUGGAGAGAAACCAUACAGCUGUGAAGAGUGUGGGAAAACUUUCACUAUAUCAAGUCACCUCACAAUCCAUCAUCGUAUUCACACAGGAGAGAAACCAUACAGCUGUGAAGAGUGUGGGAAAACGUUCACUACAUCAGGUGAUCUCCAAACACAUAAUCGUAUUCACACUGGAGAGAAACCAUACAGCUGUGACCAGUGUGACAAGUCAUUCACUACAUCAGGUCAUCUUAAGAGGCAUCAUCGUAUACACACUUGAGAUAAGCCAUACUGGUGUGAACAGCGUGGGAAAGCCUUUAUUCAAAUCAGUUCCCCUUUAGAUCCCACCAGCGCACUCACUCUGCAUCCAUCUGAUCCUUUUCUGCGUCAAGCUAGCAUUCCCCCAUCUUUUGUCCAAACGUAAAGCUGACCAACAGUGACUUUACGUUCUAAUAAAUAUGUUUUUUAUGGACUACAUUCAGCCCUCCCAAAAUCCUGUUGUCCUCACACACUUAGAAUGUAUGUGAGUGCUCUGGUUAAUGCAAAUGUUUUUUGAUUUACAUAAAGCAGCCUUAUACUGUUGCUGCGUUGCUCAAAGUAACAAUGAUAUGUCUACCAGGAGUCUGUAAAUUAGACGUUUAGGGAACAUCUGUAAAUAGAAGCAUCUCUUGGUGGUCUAUAUAUAUUUCUUAAUACAGUCUUUAUGUA